AAAACCCUUUCGCGAGGUUUUAUGUUUAACCCUCUCUCGUCGCCUUCCUCUUUCUCCCGCACCCCUUAAAACCCUAGCCGUUCUCUAGGUUUUUACAACAUAUCUCCCAAACCUCUUCUCCUCUUGGGAUUUUGACCCCCCCAGGAUGAACUCUUUGUUCCGUAGAUCCGCUUCGGUCGCCUCCUCGGCGUCGAGGCGAGCCCUCGCCGCGCUUCUCUCGUCGGAAGCGCUCCGGAUCUCACCGUCGAUUCCGAGCAAAUCCUUAUCCGAUGCAUAUGGCGUUUCCAGGACCUUUGAUCGGUCGGCCAUGGCGGAAAAGGUCGGACUUGGAGGCGGUGGUGGUUUUUUCCGGAGGGAGUUCCAUGUCUCCUCGGGGCCGCUAGGGUUUAGGUCCACCGACGCCGCUCGCGCGGAGUUUGCGGUCGAUGAGUUCUACGACGAGGAGAAGGGGAGCUCGAAGAGUGGGGACGAGGGGUUGGAGAUCGCCAAAUUGGGGAUCUCGAAAGAGAUCAUCUCUCACCUCGCGAAGAAGGGGAUCACGAAGCUUUUCCCUAUUCAGAGGGCUGUUCUUGAACCUGCAAUGCAAGGAAAGGACAUGAUUGGCCGUGCCAGAACAGGAACAGGGAAGACUCUGGCUUUUGGUAUUCCCAUUAUGGACAAAAUAAUUCGCUUUAAUGAGAAGCAUGGUCGUGGUAGAAAUCCUCUAGCUAUAGUUUUGGCUCCAACUAGAGAACUUGCUCGCCAAGUGGAGAAGGAAUUCAGAGAAUCUUCUUCCUUGGACACAAUUUGUGUUUAUGGAGGUGUUCCCAUUAGCCAACAAAUGAGAACUCUUGAUUAUGGUGUUGAUGCUGUUGUUGGAACUCCUGGUCGAAUUAUUGAUCUGAUGCAGAGAGGCUCUUUAAAUUUGUCAGAGAUCCAGUUUGUUGUUCUUGAUGAGGCAGAUCAAAUGCUAGCGGUGGGGUUUGACGAAGAUGUUGAGAAAAUUCUCGAACGGUUGCCAGCGAACCGUCAAAGCAUGAUGUUCUCUGCAACAAUGCCAAGUUGGAUAAGAAAACUCACUCAGAAAUACUUGAAAGAUCCAGUUACCAUCGACCUUGUCGGUGAUUCUGACCAGAAGCUAGCAGAAGGAAUUUCGCUUUAUUCUGUUGCUUCAGACAACUAUGGGAAACCAUCGAUUCUUGGGCCAUUGAUAAGAGAGCAUGCUAAAGGUGGCAAAUGCAUUGUGUUUACCCAAACUAAGCGUGAUGCAGAUCGACUAGCUUAUGCUAUGGGUCGUAGUCUUGCAUGUCAUGCUCUUCAUGGGGAUAUUUCACAGAAUCAGAGGGAAAGAACACUUGCCGGCUUUCGAGAUGGCCGUUUUAAUAUUUUGAUAGCUACUGAUGUUGCUGCCCGUGGACUAGACAUACCUAAUGUAGAUCUGGUGAUUCAUUAUGAAUUACCAAACACAUCAGAGCUAUUCGUUCACAGGUCUGGCCGAACUGGGCGAGCAGGAAAGAAAGGUAGUGCAAUUCUGAUUUAUACUCGUGAACAAACUAGAGCCGUUAGGGUUAUUGAGCAAGAUGUUGGAUGCAAGUUUACUGAGCUUCCAAGGAUUGAAGUCGAGGGUGGGCCUCAAGAUAUGUUUGAUGAUAUGCCCGGUGGUCGGGGCGGCUCAAAUUUUGGCCGUGGCAGUUAUGGUGGCUCUAACUAUGGGAGGUCUCGCAACUUUGGCGAUCCUGGUGGGUUUGAUAGACCAUCUGGUCGCUCUGGUGGCUAUGGUGGCGAUUCUGGUUCAGGCCGUUUUGGUAGUGGAUUCAGUGGCUUUGGAAGGUCCAGUUCAGGUUCAUCUGGUGGAUUUGGUGGGUCUGGUUUUGGCCGUUCUGGUUCUGGCGGUUUUGGUGCCUCUGAUUCCAGCCGUUCGGGUGGGUUUGGUGACUCAGGUUCAGGGCGGUUCGGUAGCUUUGGUGAGUCAGGCUCAGCGCGUUCGGGUGGUUUUGGAAAGUCGGGCUUCGGCAGUCCUAGCGGUUUCAGGAAACCUAGCCCCAGUCAGUCUGGCAGCUCUGGUGGGUUUGGCUCUGGCAAAUUCGGCACUGAUUCUCAGAAGGACGACAGAGAUGAUGGCUGGUUGAGUGGAUCGUCAAUGAGCUCGUUUUAGGUUUCAUAAGGAGGCUUUCUUAUGUAACAGGUACUGGAUAUUUUCAUCUUGCAGGAAGGCUUAACUAGAAAAUAUAAAUAGAUCCUUUCGAGCUUUGUCGACAAAAGAAUAUUUCGUCACCCUUUAUUCACCAAACAGAAAACUCAAAUGCACAUGACUCUAACAGGGGGAUGCGUGAGCUUCAGAUUCUUUCUUACUACACUAUAAGGAAAUAAUAUUUCGAAUUUUCGAAGCUUCCAUCAUCUUUUUGGUUAAGUUUUGGUGCAUUGGAGCCUCUAUAUCGAAAAUAUAGACCAGGGUAUUGCUCGAGGGUAUUGCUCGUUGCUAUGGAAAUUACUGUUUCUGUUGUUACUUCUUAACAUAAUAUUAUUGUAUUGUAAGAAUCUGGCUACUCGAAAUGGUUUAUCUAUUUACUUAUAUACUCAAGUUUUCUACCGGUCAAAUGAUAAUAUUUUGCUCUUGUUAUGGCUGGUCA